AUGGCGGAUUCCAGCGCUACGAAAAGGUCGAGGGUUGAUGACGAUGAGGUGACGCCUUCGUCGAAGAGAUAUCGGAAUAGCGAGUGGCCAUUGCCGUCGACGGCUACGCCCCAAAGACCGAGUAAAUUCCUCGAAGGCUCCAUGAAUGACCGGGUUAGCAAGAAACCGCCCACGCCGUUUAUUGAACAGGAGCGACCGCUUUCUAUGAUCACGAAUCACUCAGAUGCGCCUCGACAGUCUGGAAUAUUCAAGUUUGGCAGGUCGAUCACGGCGGGGUUUAAUCCUGCUAAUUGGAAGAUUUGGUCGAAGACGCAACCGGCUGUUAGGGACGAGAGGACGGAGCAGCAGCGGUUGUGGGAUGCUCAGAAGGAGAUGGCAGAUAGGAAAUAUGAGGAGCUCAGAAGGUCCGGAUAUAUUCCUGUUAGCACCAAAACAACCCCAAAACGAGCUAAGCAUGACUCUGCAAUCUAUAUGAGCAACGGCCCUAUCACGCCUCCUCGACAUUCGGUCUCUGCUGCUUCAUCACCAGUUGGAGCUCAGUCAAAACAUCCCUCCCACAUGAAGAAGACAUUCGGGUCUAAAAAGUCCUCUCUCUCAAACAUGAAGAAGGCUUUCGGCGAGAGUGCUACGAGCCUGCGAGGUGGGGUCACAAAAUCAGUCAAGAGGAUUAGUUCAAGAAAAGACUUGACAAAGCAACAAAAGCUACAGGAGAAGUUGAGCAAGGCGGAAUACAACACUGAGAAAUAUCGACGCCAACUCGCGGAGUUGAUGGAUGAGUCCGACUCUGCUGCUCCCACACCUACACCUAUCACUGUGGCUCCUCCUCCAGCACCUCCACGUUUCGUCCCUAUACUCUCCUCGCUACCUUCUGAACGCCUUCUCGCUGGGUACAUAUCCGACGAUGGUGAGGAGGAUGAAUUGGAACAGGACACUAAUAUUGGCCGCGCCGUUUCUGUGUCAAGAUCCAACGCACCAGUCCGAAAAACAUCGAUCCCGCAACUCCAGAAGGAAAUCGAGGAGAAGAAACGACAACUUACUCCAAUCCGCAGCAGAAUCCACAUAAUCACCGAAGGCGGAGAUGUUCCACCCAUACCACGAUUACCUGAAAUGUACAAAGACAGCAAGGUCGCUGAACCGCAGAAAGGACUCCCGAGAGAUACCGAGUCGUUCGUCUGGGACCGGGAUACUUUUUGA